UUUUUAUGUGAGCUAAAUGUUCUAUCAACAAAUGGUUUUUUUUAUAAUGGACAACAAAUAAAAAUUAAAUUAAAUGCCUUUAUAUGUGAUGCGCCAGCUCGAGCUUAUUUAAAAUGUUGUACUUCUCAUAAUGAAAUAUGUAUUGUGUGGCUGAAUUUAUUAAAACUGCAGAGACGGAAGUUGUACCAACAAAAUGGGUUAAUAAACAAGGUACUAAGUGUUUUUGGCCUUAUUACAAAGGCACCGACCGAAUUAAAAAAGCUAUUUUAUCAAGCGAAAUUCCUGAUCCAGAGAAGUGGGACGAGUAUGAUACCAGAAUAUUACAUAAAUAUAAUACAUAUCAAGAAGCUCGCUCUCACUUAUCAAAAGCUGUAUAUACAUUUCAUUUGGAUUCGGAAGAAGAUAAUGAAUGUAGACGUAAAAGAAAAAGAAUAUCGAAAACUUGGUCUUCGAGUGAAGAAAGUGUUAUUUUAAAGAAACAAAAACAAAACAAAAAUAAAAGUAAAAUAAGGUCCCCACCUACAAUAAGAUUUGAUAAAUGUACUUUAGAUAAGGAAAACUUUGUAAACUCUCUAGCAGAGUUACCACGUGAAAGUUCGAGUUCCUCUAUUAUAGCUACUACUUCUAUGAAUGACGAUAAUAAUGAUAACGGUAAUAAUGGAUAUAGAGAUAAAAGAAGAAUGUCGGAGAUUUAUUCUUCAAGUGAAGACAGCUUUGUUUCAAAGAACUCAAAGCAAAACAAAAAUAGAAGUGAAAUAAAAUCUCCUAAAAUUACCUCAUUUGAUAAAUCUACUUCAAAUAGGGAAGACUCAACUUUAAAUUCUAACUUUCAAGAGGAAUCAUGUGGAAGAAAUUUUAUGGAAAAUGAAAAUUUCAGUUCAUUUAUUAUGCCUACUACUAGUUCCAUGAACAAUAACAAAAAUGCAGGUGAACCACUGCUAUUGUUAAUUUUGAAAAAACUUAGGAAACUCGAUUAUGUGCAAAACAAUGUUAUUAUCCCUGAUAUACAAGAAGUAUUAAACUAUAUAAAACCUCAACGAUUGGAAGUUCAAGAAACAAAUGUCCCAAUAACACUGUCAAUUGACAAUGACACACAGCUUAAUGAAUUUGAGCAAUAUAUUUCGACUACUGAAAAUUAUAGGAUCAUGAUAUUGAAAUUUAGUCAUAUUGGAGGUCAUGGUACUGCAGGGAUCACUAGAAAAAUAAUGAAAAACCUUAUAACGUCUAAGUUUGCGAUGAAUUUUAAUUGGGGAGGAAGAGCUCCAAAGAGGCCUUUUAAAGAACUUAAAUCAAAGCAUUUGCUUCUUGAUUCUGUGCGUAAAGUAAUUCCUUCGGCGUCAACGGAAGAAAUUGAAUCAGCCAUUAAAGAUUGGCUGAAACAAGCCAAGACAAGAGUUAUGUCUCAUCAUUUCUAAUCGUUUCUCCCAAAGACA